AAUUACUUGCUUCAGUAAUAGUACUAGAUUUUAAAGUUGGAUAAAUUCUUAUGCUCACAGUCGCUGUUGCAGACUUAUUAUUUGGCUGGGACAUCACUUUCUCAGUUUUAGUACAGGGAGCUGCUCGAUUUGGAUUUGAACCGAACACAGCCACACAAAUUACGGCAAUUACAACUACAAUCAAGUAAACUACUAACACUAACUCAUACAGUAUAUAGGACUACUCAAGCAAUCAACACCAGUAAUCAGGAUUAUCUGCCUCCAUGCUGAAAAUUCUCAUGAAUUGUCGGGUCAAUUUUUGGUACAGCUAUGUGCAUCCCUUUCUUCAAUCAAGGCUGUUAGUUGUUAGGUCUGCCUGAGCAUUCGCUUUAACUGCAUCCUCAUCGUGUGAGCAUAAACGGCUGGAAUCAGUCAUCCUCCUCUGCCUCCACAUUGUUUACUUCCAUUUCCAACCAGCAAGCACAUUUUUUCACAUAUCUUGUGCUUCUCUGCCCUUUUUGCAUCUGCUGUCCUCGGUGUUCCAAUGGCGGCGUUGGUGGCUAGCACGGUGCUUGGACCAAUGGUCAAAAUCAUGAUGGAGAAGGCGUCCAGCUACCUCCUCAACCAACACAAGGUGAUGAAGGGCAUGAAGAAGCAACUUGAGAGCCUGAAGGGCACACUAUUGGCCAUCUUGGACGUCAUCACCGACAUCGAGGAAGCUGCAGCCCACAGAGCAGGGGGCAAGGCUUGGCUCGAGAAGGCCAAGAAGGUGGCUUACCAGGCGAAUGAAGUUUUCGAUGACUUCAAGUAUGAGGCGCUUCGUCGUGAAGCAAAAAAGAAGGGGCACUACAAGGAGCUUGGGUUCCAUGUGGUAAAACUCUUUCCCACUCACAACCGAUUUGUAUUUCGUAAAAGGAUGGGAAGAAAGCUCCACAAGGUUGUGCGGGCCUUUGAGGUCCUUGUGACUGAAAUGAAUGCUUUUCACUUUGAGCGUCAUCAACCACCGCCGGAAUCUAACAAUUGGCGGCAGAAGGAUCAGGAUAUCUUUGAUCCAAAGGAAAUUGCUAGGAGGUCAAGAGCAAAAGAUAGCAAGAAAAUUGUUGAUAUACUAGUUGGUCAAGCUAAAAAUGCAGAUCUCACAGUCGUUCCCAUAGUUGGAAUGGGAGGUCUUGGCAAGACAACGUUAGCUCAAAUUGUUUACAAUGACCCUGAAAUCCAGAAGCAUUUCGAUGUGUUGCUGUGGGUGGGUGUCUCUGACAGCUUUGAUGUGAAUUCUUUGGCUAAAAGCAUAGUUGAAGCAGCUCCCAAGAAGAAGGAUGACGAUAAAGAAGCAGCUGGUUCCAAGAAGAAGAAGACACCACUCGAUAGCCUCCAGAAUCUAGUCAGCGGGCAAAGGUACCUCCUUGUAUUGGAUGAUGUCUGGAAACUAGAGGUUGAUAAAUGGGGACAACUCAAGGCCCGCCUUCAACAUGGUGGCGUGGGUAGUGUGGUAUUGACAACAACUCGUGAUGAAGGAGUUGCUGAAAUAAUGCGUCCUGCUGAAACUUACAAUCUCAGAACUCUGGAGGAUCAAUACAUAAAGGAAAUUAUUGAAACAACGGCAUUCGGUUGUUUUCAGAGGAAAGAGAACUGGCCCGCCGUGUUGGUGAAUAUGGUUGGUGAGAUUGUGAAGAGAUGUAUGGGCUCUCCUUUAGCUGCAACAGCACUGGGCUCCGUACUGCGCACCAAGACCAGUGAGGAAGAAUGGAAGGCUGUAUCAAGCAGAAGUAACAUUUGCACCGAAGAGUCUGGAAUCUUACCGAUACUCAAUCUCAGUUACAACGACCUGCCGACAGAUAUGAAGCAAUGUUUUGCUUUUUGUGCUAUAUUUCCCAAAGGUUACAUGAUUGAUGUGGAUAUGCUGAUCCAACUAUGGAUUGCACAUGGGUUUCUUAUCCAAGAAGAUAAUGUUCGUCUUGAAACCACUGGCAAAAGAAUUUUCAAUGAUCUAGCCUGCAGGUCAUUCUUUCAGGAUGUGAAAAAAGUCCAAGCCACUGGGGACGAAGUUAAAUACACCGGGUUGUGUUAUUCUAUGACUAUAUGUAAAAUCCAUGAUCUUAUGCAUGAUGUUGCAUUGUCUGUAAUGGGAAAGGAAUGUGCCUUGGCAACAUGGGAUCUAGGCAAUAUUGAACAUGCUGCAACUGAGGAAUCAAGUCAGUGUGAGUGGCUUACAAAUGAUGCACGGCAUUUAUUUUGGUUGUGCAACGAACCAGAAAGAAAACUGAAUAUUUCUCUAGAGGGAAGCUCUCCAUCUAUCCAAACUCUUUUGUGUCUUGGAGUUAUGGAAAGUUCAUCAUUGCGGCAUCUAUCAAAAUAUGGUUCUUUGCGAGCAUUGCAGCUUUGUUUGUGGGCAUCAUCAUUCCCACUGAAACCAAAGCAUCUACAUCAACUGAGGUACCUAGAUCUCUCAGGUAGUUAUAUCAAAGCACUUCCUGACGAUUUCAGCAUUCUGUAUAACCUGCAAACGCUGAACCUCUCUGGCUGCAUAUAUCUUUGUCGACUUCCCGGACAACUGAAGUAUAUGACUGCUCUUCGUCACCUUUACACACAUGGCUGCCUAGAGCUCAAGAGCAUGCCUAGAGAUCUCAGAGAACUCACAUCCCUGCAGACACUUACAUGUUUUGUAGCAGGUAGUGGCUCUGAUUGCAGCAAUGUUGGAGAGCUCACGAAAUUAAACCUUGGUGGUCAAUUGGAGCUACGACAACUAGAGAAUGUGACAAAUGAUGAUGCAAAAGCGGCAAACCUCAUGCAGAAGAAGGAACUAAGAGAACUGACAUUAACAUGGACCUUUGGAUGGGCUCUUUACAUAGAUGAAACUACGUGUCACUGUCGAGAUGAUGAAGAUGAUGCAAGAGUGCUCGAGAAUCUCAGACCUCAUGAUGAACUCCAUGCCAUAAGGAUAGAGUCGUAUGGAGGCAGCACUUUUCCAACAUGGCUAGCUGUGUUGCAAAACAUUACCAAGAUCCAUCUUUUUAGCUGUGGAAAACUACAAUGGUUGUUCAGAGGUGAGUGUGAUACAUCGUUUGCAUUCCCAAAUCUGAAGGAGCUUACACUUAAAGACCUUUACAGUCUGGAGAGAUGGUGGGAAAUGAAUAAUUAUGGUGUGCAAGGAGGAGAGAUCAUGUUUCCUCUCCUUGAGAAGCUACAUAUUAGCGACUGUGUAAAGUUGAAAGCAUUGCCAGGACAUCCGACCUUCCCUAAACUUCAGAAUGUUUGUAUUAAGAAAUGUCCAGAGUUGACAACUACAGGUUUUUCACCAAUGCUCAGUGAAUUAAACGUGGAUGGAUAUGAGGCAGAGUUGUUUCUUUGGGUAGCUAGACAUUUGGCAUCACUGACCAACCUGGUACUGACUAGCCUUAACCAUAGUGCAGAAACAACCUCGGUGGCGGCUGAGGAUAGUUUGAGGCAAGUGGUGAGCGGGAAGAAAAAAGGGAAUGAUCAAGAUUUUCCUCUGGCAGUUUUGGUGUUAACAGGCUUCAAGUCAGGUGUAGCAGAGAUGUGUGCAUGUUUUGCACAACUUCAAGAGUUGUCAAUUUUUAGGUCCGACGCACUCGUCCACUGGCCAGAAGAAGAGUUCCGCGGAUUGGUAUCCUUGAGGGAGCUUGACAUUUGGGAUUGCAAUUAUUUGAUUGGAUAUGCGCAAGCUUCUGUUGAGCCAUCAACAUCAUCAGAAACCAGUCAGCUCCUGCCACGUCUAGAAUCUCUAAGCAUACACCGUUGCCAAAGCUUAGUCGAUGUCUUCAACGUCCCUGCAUCUGUCAGGAAAAUCUAUAUUCAUACUUGCAGAAAGCUUGAGUUCACCUUCGGCAGGAGGGUGCAGCAGGGACAGUCAGAAUCGUCGAUUCUUCAAGAGUCAUCCAGUAUAUCAGAGGUGUUGGCAUCAUCAUCACCCGGAGCUAUGGUGGAGCAUUUAGAAGAACUAGUAUUAAAUAGCUGCAAGGUCUUAACAGGGGUCCUCCAUCUUCCCCCUUCCCUCAAGGAUGUAACCAUUGCAUACUGCGGUGGGUUGACAUCUCUGCAAUCUCGCUCCGGAGAGCUCCCAUCAUUGGAGAGGCUCACGGUUAUCGGCUGCAAGAACCUUUCAUCCCUACCGGAUGGGCCACAAGCGUACUCUUCUCUGCGAUACCUUAAAAUUAGGUACUGCCCUGGUAUGAAGACGCUCCCUGUGAGCCUGCAGCAACGGCUGGGCAGCAUCCCGGACAAAGACAUUAGUGCCCGGUUUUGUGAAGAUGCGCCCAAGGAACACUUGUCGUGGAAACAGAAGGCCUGGAAAUAUGUCAGCUGCAGGGAUCUGGACGCCCAAACAACGAAUGAGGAGGAUUAUUCUGAUUAUGGUUGUUCUGAAGAUACGCCCAGCCCUAGGUAUCUUGUCCCCGAAGGAACAUACGAGGAGGAGGAGGAUGCCACGCUUGGCUGUUAGCUUGUUCUCUGUCGUUUUGGUUGGUCUGUAUAUUAUACUAUAGAACUGCUCUGCUCUAGGAGGAGGAGGAGUUUCAAUGGUGUCCAGUGGCUGGGCGCGUGUGCGCUGCUCUACAACUACUGAACUAGUUUCAUUGUCUUCGUUUGCUAAGACUCUGACGGUGUUGGUUAUGCUUGUAAUUAAAUGGAUCCUGGAGCACCAAGUUGCUUUGUAUCGAAAAAAUGAAUAUCUCACCUGCUGGUUAUCAUGCAGCAGGUUUGUGAUAUAAAAUCUAGACAACGCUGUUGGAA